AUGCACGGCUCUGCGAGGACAGAUUGCAUCAAGUGGACAAAGCGUGCCAGCCCGGAGACCAGGUCGUUACUUGCGACAUGGCAGGCGGGCUGUCGAGAUGUGGGUCUCUUGUUGGAGCUUACGUCCCUUCUGGUACGCUUCAGCCGUGGUGAACAGAAAGGAUCAACAGGUCUUCCGUUGCGGCAGAGCUGCUUGCUCUUUGAGGAGGCCCUUCGUUGCCUGGCAAAUGACGCCGGCGCGACGCCUUCGCACGUGGAAGCGCCGCUGCCGGAGGCCUGUGAGCUUUGGUCCUGCUACGUGGAUUUUCUCCUGGCGAAUGGCGCUCCCUUGUCACAGCUCAGAGAUGUGCAGGCACGUGCACGAGCUUUCCGCUCCCAGGCCUCCGUGCGGAAAGCCGAUGCAGAGAACAGGAAACGAGGUUUGCCUGGUCCGACCGCAAGUUGCAAGCAGGCCAAGCUGGCAGCCUUUCAAACGGCACCCGGCCACUUGGGUGGCUCGUGAUCUGAACCCGCGGCGAGAUGCCAUGGGGAUGGGCAGAACGGAAGCCAAU